GCCUUCGCCGCUAAACUCAAACCAGAAACUCAAAACCCAAAUGCAUGGUUCGAUUCAAAACAUUGCUAAACACACCCCCUCUCACCAACAAACAACAAUGUCUCUCUCUCCUCAACUCUUGCCAUUCCAUCAACCAUCUUCAUCAACUUCAAGCACAAAUUCACCUCAAUUCCCUUCACAACGACACCCAUUUACUCUCAGAACUCGUCUACUUCUGCUCCCUCUCACCCUUCAAAAAUCUUCCCCAUGCACGUAAACUCGUUCAUCACUUUUCCAACAACCCAUCACCCAUUUCAUGGAACAUUCUCAUCAGAGGCUACGCAUCAAGUGACUCUGCAAUUGAAUCCAUCUGGGUGUUUAAGGAAAUGCGAAAAAGAGGUGUUAAACCUAACAAGCUUACUUUUCCUUUUGUUUUCAAGUCUUGUAGUAUAUCUUUAGCGUUGUGUGAAGGGACUCAGGUUCAUUGUGAUGCUGUGAAGUUUGGUUUGGAUUCUGAUGUUUAUGUUAGUAACAAUUUGAUUAAUUUUUACGGUUGUUGUAAGAAAAUUGUUUACGCGCGUAAGGUGUUUGAUGAAAUGUGUGUGAGGACGAUUGUUUCUUGGAAUUCUGUUAUGACUGCUUGUGUUGAGAAUGUUUGGUUGAAUGAUGGGAUUGAGUAUUUUUUUAAGAUGAGGGAUUGUGGGUUUGAACCGGACGAGACUAGUAUGGUUUUGUUGUUGACUGUUUGUGCUGAGUUGGGUUAUUUGAGUUUGGGAAUAUGGGUUCAUUCUCAGUUGAUUUUGAGAGGGAUGGUUUUGAGUGUUCAGUUAGGUACUGCUCUUGUUGACAUGUAUGGUAAGUCGGGAGAUUUAGGUUAUGCUCGGGUUGUUUUUGAAAGAAUGGAAAAGAGAAAUGUGUGGACUUGGAGUUCUAUGAUAACGGGGUUAGCCCAACAUGGUUUUGCUGAGGAGGCUCUUGUAUUGUUUGAGAUGAUGGGUGAUGAAAAGAGUAAUAAUAUUUUUCCUAAUUAUGUUACGUAUCUUGGUGUUCUAUGUGCUUGCAGUCAUGGUGGGAUGGUUGACGAGGGUUACCGAUACUUUCGCGAAAUGGAAGUUCUUCACGCGAUCAAACCUAUGAUGGUUCAUUAUGGAGCAAUGGUUGAUGUAUUGGGUCGUGCCGGCCGUCUGAGUGAAGCUUAUCAAUUUAUAAUUGGGAUGCCUUUUGCACCGGAUCCAAUUGUGUGGAGGACUUUGUUAAGUGCGUGCACGGUUCAUGAUGUUUGUGACCGUGCAGGGAUAGGGGAUAAAGUAAGGACGAGGUUACUUAGAAUGGAGCCAAAGAGGGGAGGGAAUUUAGUUAUUGUUGCUAACAUGUAUGCGGAAGAGGGAAAGUGGGAAAAGGCGGCGAACGUGAGGAGAGUAAUGAGAGAUGGAGGUUUAAAGAAGAUGGCUGGAGAGAGUUGGGUUGAUUUGGGUGGUUCUAUGUAUAAGUUCUUUGCAGGGUAUGAUUGUAGCUCGCAUUUGAUGCCUGUCUAUGAUCUGCUAGAUGUAUUGAACAUGCACUUGAAGAUAGUUCAUUGAUUUUGUUGUAGAAGUUGCUUUCAGUGAAUUCUAUUUGGAGCUUAAGUUGAACAUUUGAAAUCUUCGGUCCUCGCCUCUGUUUACUUUUUAUCAGAAAUAACCAUUUCAUUAUUUUCAGCCAUUCAAAAUCAUCAAAGAAAAAGAAAAUAAUAGGAACAUUUUUUGGGUACAUAAUAGGAACUUGAGAUAGUGGAACACUGCAGCUCCUUUAUUGAGAAAAAACAAGACAACAUAACAAAAUGGUAAAAUUACUUUUAAGUUUGAUUAUUUAUUUGGGGUCCUUUAUUUUUUAUAUAUUGAUUCUUUAAAUUUCCAAACAUGUACUGGGAAUUUAUUUUAAUAUCAAUUUACUUCAAUUUAUAGAUAGCUGUAAAAAGAUAUUUAACUGAAGAGACGAAUAUUCAAUCCCGUGAUUUUAAAGAAAAACUAGUCAAAACUAGUUAGAUACUCGUGCGGCCGCACGGAUAAAUUUAUUUGAUAUGAUAUAAAAUGUAAUUAGAUAUGUAUCAAAAUUUAAAAUUAGCUAUUAAUUUUAAAAUGAACAAUCAACUAUCUACCCAAUACUAAAAUGUAGCCCAAAAUUACCAAAUACCCCUUCCACUCAAAAUAAUUUACACUACCAAAA